AUGGAUGUAAACAAGGGUACUCAAGUGCAUAUUGCUGUCAGCCAGAUACAAACCGUACAUGUGUGCAGUGUUCAAGAUUUUGUGCGGAAGGUCAAUGUAAUAGCUCCAAUGGACAUUGUGAAAAGGGAUGCAAAGAUGGCUACUGGAACCCAAAGUGCGACCGCGUUUGCAGUGAAAAGUGUGGAAUCUCAUGCACCAAAGAAUGAAACCAUCUCAGUAGAAUCAAACAAUGCAAGCAACUCGUCUGCACCAGUGUAUGCAAUAGUCUCGCGCAGAGAGCAUCCAGUUUCGGUGUAUGAAAACACGUCAUCUGUAAAAGCCAAUAAUUCGGAAGUUCAAGUGCACAACCCUGUUUACACAAAAAGUCGUGUGGAUCCGGUCUCCCCAAGGGAUGGUUCUUCAAUAACAACAGAAGACAGUUUAGAAGUCGAUGAAUGGGACAGUAUCGCUCGCAACAAUGCGAUCAUAUUCGAAGAAAACGGAGGGGUGUACUACAACAACAACGAAAAAGUAAAGGCAUUGAAAAUUCAAGUUGUAGAACUGAAGAAAUUUGUUAUGUCAAAGAAUAUGGACUACUUCAAGAAAGAGUUUGAGAAACUUCCAUACGGGCUUCUAAAGGAGUACCGGGUUUCGCAAAUGAAGGAAAACAUUGGCAAAAACAGAUACAAAGGCAUAUAUCCUUAUGAUGACUACAGGGUGAAGGUUCGAGGUGGAGACACCGACUAUAUCAACGCUAGUUUCAUUGACGGAUACAAAAGGCGAAACGAAUACAUCGCAACAUUGGGUCCCAUGUCUAAACAACUUGGCAAUUUUGCGACUUUCUGGAGAAUGGUGUGGCAACAAAACGUAGAGAAAAUCGUAAUGGUAACAAAUCUAGUGGAGGACGGGACAGACAAGUGCGAGAAGUACUGGCCCAGUGUUGAUGCCCCGCAGAUGUACGAUGAUAUUCAAGUGUUAUGUAAGAGUGAAGACGAAUAUGCCGAAUUUACGCGACGAAUGUUUACUGCUAUAAAGGACAGACAAACUCGGACUUUGACUCAUUUACAUUUCACAUCUUGGCCCGAUAAAGAUGUUCCGGAAGAUGUUACAUCAAUCAUCGAUUUCAGGCAGAAUGUUUUACGUGCUCCGGCGACACUUGAAGGACCCACAAUCGUGCACUGCAGUGCAGGCGUAGGUCGCACCGGUACCUACAUAGCUAUCGAUAUUCUCACAAAAGAGGGAGAAGCCGAAGGAGCUAUAGAAGUUCCUAGCUGUGUUCUGAACAUGAGACAAAACAGGCCAAAUAUGGUACAGACAGAAGGACAGUACGCGUAUCUUCACCAUGCCGUUCUCCACUCGCUCACAUUUGACUGCAAGCCAGUGACCAUUAACAAGUUCCAAUUGUACAUGGACACAACAUCAAAGGAUAAAAUCAGGAACAUAUUUCACCAAUUACAAGAUACAGCGUCGUGCGAGUCAUCGGAAGAAACCGAAUCAGUUGCAAGAAACGCCAAACGUACUGACAAGAACAGAGAGGGGGCUGAUGUUCCAGGUGACGAGCAUCGACCGAAGCUAUACUUAAACCGGAAACCAGGUUCCACAGAUUAUAUAAAUGCAGUUUUUGUUAACAGUUUCCAGAAAAAGAAUAAUUACAUCCUUGCACAAACUCCGUUAACAAACACCGUCGUCGAUUUCCUCGCAUUGCUUGUCCAAACAAACUGUGCGUGCAUUGUAAGUUUGGAAUCAGCAAAUAUGAACGCUGUGUUUAAGGACAUCGGUGUGUACUUACCUGCGGACAAUCAGGUGUUGAAGAAUGGAAUCUUCAACGUCCGUUGUUCGAAGACAGAGGCAAAUGAGUUUCGCAAUAAACGGACGAUGACCGUUGAGCAUCGAGCGAAUCAGGCAAGCGAGGCAUUGUCUUUAACGUACCUGGAGUUUACAGACUGGAACACGGAAGAGAGAAUACCAAAUUCUCCUGCUAAUUUCCGCCGAUUCAUUGCAGAAGUUGACACAGUAACAGCCAAUAGCUCUGAUCGUCCUGUUCUGAUACAUUGUCUGGAUGGUGCCAGUAAAUGCGGCCUAUUUUGUGUGGUUGCCAAUCUCCUACAGACGAUGGAGGUGGAACAUGAAGUCAGCGUAGCGAACACUGUGCGGAAGGUUAAGACGAGAAGAAAGGGCGCGAUCCCUAACUUAGAGCAGUUUCAGUUCUGCCAUGACUGUGUCCUUGACUAUACUCAGAGCUUCAACAUUUACUCCAACUUCGCCGCUGAGCUCUCCGAUUGCUGAGUUCAUGUUGUAUGAGACGACUUGGUCCUUGACUUCAUUCGGAGCUUCAACAUUUCCUCCAACUUCGCCGCUGAGCUCUCUGAUUUCGCGGACUUCGGGAAUUUUGACUUUCGCUGGACUAGACUACACUCAAAUAUUCCCAAUCUACUCCGAUGGAGGAGUUCAAGUUGUCUGUCAUGACUGUGUCCUUUGCUAUAUUCAAAGUUCACAGCGGCUUUGACAACUACUCCAAUUUCGCUGCUGCUCUUUCCGAUUGCUGACAAUACUUCGAAAAAAAAAACAACAACAACCUCUAAAACUUCGCUGUUUUCAUCUCCAAGUCCUACCUUAACAUUACUACCCUAAUGAAAGUGCUACUGAUAGACUACAUAGCGCUUUCCUAAUAAAGGCCGAAACUAAUCUCCAUCAUUGAUCACUUGAUUUAAACAGUGAUUUUUCUAUGAUUUUAAAUUCGUGUUGUCUUUUUUUAUGAAUUUCUCAAUAAAAGCUCUUUUAGUAUAGCUGUUUUAAAUCUUAAAAGAAUAUAUGUUGAAAUGCAUGACGACAUUAGAAUACAAGUCAUUCAACUGACAUAUACUCUUGGAACAAUCGACUAGGGUAAUGGGCUGUAUGUAUAUGAAAAUGCAUCGCAAAUCGCACAAUAGUGUGCGUGUAAAUAUGUCCAAAUUUAUUUAAUUGGAGCGCUGUAAUAAUCUAUUUAGACUCGUUUGUCAACAAUUAUAUUAAAUUAUUUUAUAUCAACUUCUAGAGCAGAUAUUCGCUACUUUUUGCCAUUUCAAAAGUCCUGUCUCAUAGCCACUGUUUUUUCAUGUGACAUCUUUAACAAGGUGUGUUUUAUGAUUAUAGAUAUCAAUGUUAUGUUUCGUUACUUAUGUUUUUCAGACAUUUGCAAUUGUAAAAGUAAAUAUCAAAUGUGAACAUAAAACAUGAUGCUUUAUUAUCGGGCUUAUGUGUACAUUAUGAAUUUGCUUUUUUUUUUUAGAUGCUCAUGGUUAAUAUGAAUUUAUGUAUAUUUGAGUAUUUGGUAGUAUUUAAUGUUUGGGGAACGUGCGUUGCUUGGUCCCAUGGUAUGUGACAACAUAUACGUGUUUUAAAGAUGUGUGUGCCUUUACUGCGGGAAAACUUUGCAUACGCUAAUUUGCAACUUAGUUUUAUAUUCGGUGUAUGUGGUUUUGUUAAGUUUGAGCUAUAAAGGUGAAAGUUUGAAACAUGUAAAUGUAUAUGUUGGUAACAAAACGACCAUUGCAUGAUGAAUUCUGUUUUUGUUUUGUUAUAGGGAUGAUGAUAGUUUGCGCUUAAAUUCUCACUUUGUGAUAGACAUUAACUGUAUUUCCAUAAAUUGUUAUGCUCCAGUAUCAAAUGUGAUUCUUGAAUUUGUAAAUAUAAAUAAGUAACGUACUUUCUAU